AUGUCAUACUCCGUCGAACACCCGGAGAGGUUGCUGGCCAUAGGACCAGGCAAUGUGAAUUUGCGACGUAUCCCCAAGUUCGAUGGAGGCCUUAAUGUUUCUGAUCGAGUGGGGCUGGGAAGCCAAUCAACGAGAGGUCUUAGUCUGCUCUGGUAUGGCGUCAAUCCAGUCAAAUGGUGGCAUGCUCUCCACACGGACGUGCAGGACAAUGUUUUGAUCGAGCUCGUCUCGGCAACAAACGUGUACGUGUUCCCUCGCGAGCUCUUCUGGAACACACCCUCAGAUGUCAAUAUCACUGGGGAGUAUCAUAAGAUCAGGCUAGAGCCGGGACAGGGAGUUGCCAUCCCGAGCAACUUCCUGCAUACAGUGGAGCAUUUGUCGGACAGCCGCUUGGCUGUCAAUUACUUCUUUGAACCCGAAUUUGGUGAAAUGCAAUGGCCAAAUGGCAAAGGCAAUUACUACACUGAAAUGGCCAAAGCAAACAAAUCGCAUCUGGCCAUGAGAUCCUUAUGGUUUGGUUCCAUUGGGCAGCUGUGGGACAGGUUCAAAAUUGGUAUGUACAUGCACAGCUGGAAGAUGGAGGAGCUGCGAACCUGCCUGGCGGGCUGCUUGGCCGGCUUCCUGCCAGGGGGCCUUGGUUUGGAGCGAGGGCUCGACCUAACGCUGCGUGGAGUCGCCUCCUGCUGUGAAGUUAUGCAGGAGCAGAAGAGGUGA